AUGUUUAACAGUAGACUUAAUAGUAAACCUUUCGGUGUUCUUGAGAGAGGAAUGUGGGUGGACUUUGUUGAAAACAAUGAGAAAGCUCGAAGAAUUGGGUAUGGUCGUUUGACCAAUAAAGACUAUGAAGACUGGUAUGAAGUUCCUAAGAAAUCUUGGAUGUCAAUUGUCAGUGCAGCAUUCAAUGAGGCAUUGAUGCUCUUUGCAGUCUCUCCAUUUGAAUUACCAGUUCGGAUUGUGCGGUCUUUGUUACCACCCAUAGUUCAUAGGUUUCGAAUUAUAAAUGUAGAUCUCUUAGGGCCAUCUUUAGCUGUUUUAAUUCUUAUUUGCAUGCUCAUCUUGGGGCAAACUGAAAAAGAAAAUACUUUAGGGGCAGAGCGAGUUGUUCUUUCUUAUUGUAUUCUUUUGCCCUUUUUCACCCAUGUUAUUCUCAGAUGUUGCCAAGCAGCAAUUACUUUUAUGCAACUGUUAUCACUGAUUGGAUAUUCUUUGUAUGGCCCUGUGCUCACACUUUCAGUAUCCCUCAUAAUUGAUCGAGAAAGGAGUGACACAAUAUUUUUUUUGUGUCUUGCUGUUUUUGGUGGAUUGAGCACUCUAAGGGUCGUGUUAGUUUUACUUGCGUCCCUCCGAAUACCAGCUGCUCGCCUCCUUGUUUGUACGAGUGUUGCACUAACCCAGCUUUUAUUUGUGGUUUGGCUUCACUUCACAUACUUGCAUCCUACUUUUGUAUUUGGCAGAGGUAAGGCAGUGAGUGAAAAUGAUUGAUGUGUUUUGUUUGCCUUUUUGAUUGUCGAAUGUAAUACCUAGUUUCUUAGCUAGCCAAUUCCUGUUUAAAUAAAGAUAUUAAAAUCAGAAA